CUUCACAGGUCCAGUCAAGUGGAUCCGCCACAGAGACUCAGAGCUACAGUCUUUUAGAGAUAACGAGAGACACAGGUAAGUCUCUCAGUCUGCUACGGAGAACUACAUUCGGUCUUCUACGCACAACAAGUCUGCAACAGCGUGCAAUGGACAGAAGACACAAUCCAAGAAACGGGGUAAGGGUAGUUGGCGGUGUUUCGGUCCGACCAGCAUUCCAUCGAAAUUCCCGAAAGGGCAAACGAGCACCUCGUCAAAAUCAGGGUCAACUGGCACUUUGGAAAAAUCACCAUCAGGGGCAACCGGCACCUCAAGAAAAUUGCCCCAAAGUCCAACUGGCACCACAGCAAAAGUGGCCCAAAGUCCAACCGGCACCACAGCAAAAUUGGCCCAAGGUCCAACCGGCACCACAGCAAAAUUGGCCCAAAGUCCAACCGGCACCACAGCAAAAUUGGCCCAAAGUCCAACCGGCACCACAGCAAAAUUGCCCUCAGGAGAACGCUGUAAUCAUUGAGCUCGAUGAGCAGCGUGAUCUCUCUACAAAACUGGAAGAGACCACGAGCCAGCUGCGACUCAAAGAAGGUGAACUCCGAGAACGAGAGAAAUUCUGGGCGGGAGAACUCAAAGCUCUUGAGGACAGGUUCAAACGGGACCUGGCCAACAACGAAGACCAGAACUGGGGACUCCAGAACGAGGUGGACCAGCUGCAGGAUGAGGUCCUCAGAGACAAUGAAAUAGAGGGUCUCAAUACAAAACUGGUAGAGACCACGAGCCAGCUGCGACUCAAAGAAGGUGAACUCCGAGAGAGAGAAAAAUUCUGGGCGGAAGAACUCAAAGCUCUGGAGGACAGGUUCAAACGGGACCUGGCCAACAACAAAGACCAGAACUGGGGACUCCAGAACGAGGUGGACCAGCUGCAGGAUGAGGUCCUCAGAGACAAUGAAAUAGAGGGUCUCAAUACAAAACUGGUAGAGACCACGAGCCAGCUGCGACUCAAAGAAGGUGAACUCCGAGAGAGAGAAAAAUUCUGGGCGGAAGAACUCAAAGCUCUGGAGGACAGGUUCAAACGGGACCUGGCCAACAACGAAGACCAGAACUGGGGACUCCAGAACGAGGUGGACCAGCUGCAGGAUGAGGUCUACCACAGGGACAAUGAGAUCCUGAAUCUCAUUAAAGAAAAGCAGGAUCUCUCUGAAAAACUCAGAGAGACCACUAGCCAGCUGCAGCUCAAAGGAGGUGAACUCCUAGACAGUGAGACAGUCUGGCAGGACAAAUUCAAAGCUUUGAAGGACAGAUCUGCAAAGGACAUGGCCGAAAAAGAACAAGCCUGGGAGACACUGCAGCUGGAACUGCAGAAGAAGGUGGACCAGGUGCAGGAUGAGCUCCACCGCAUAGACGAUGAAAUAGAGGGUCUCUCUCAACAGCUGGAGACCAAAUUAAAAAAGGUGCAAGACGAGAAUAAGGACCUGGCCGAAAAACAACCACGCCGGGAGACGGAAGUCCAACUGAUGCACACAAGAGUGAGACAGAUGGAGGUUGACCUGGCCAAUGAACAACACCGCUGGGAGACCAAAAUCAAACAGUUGGAGAUGGAGAAGGAGGACUUGGAGGAGCUCUGUCUGAAACUGAACAAUAAGAGGGGUUUCUUUUUCCGCAAGAGGGACACCGAGGACAGACAGACAGAGUUACAGAAGCUGAAAAGCAAAAUGUAGAGUCGAAGAUGACAGCACAAUCAGUGAUAUUUCUGUAAGGGGUUUCUCCUGAAUGCUCAGGCAGGCUUCCCUUACAAUCCCAAAAAAUUAUAAAAAAUAAAUAAAUAAAAAAAAUCAAAUAAAA